AUGAUAACCAAUCGUCAAAGUCAAAGGUAUUUUUUCGGGAAAGUUCCUGAAGGUACUCAGAGGUUACUUAAUGAAAAUAAGUUCAGAUUGACUAAGUUGAAGGGGAUCUUCUUGACGGGAACGUUGAAUACUUGGUCAGAAAUUGGUGGAUUGCCGGGUUUGUUUUUGACUAUAGGAGAUACUACCAUCAAGAAUGUAGAGGUUUACAGUACUUGCACUAAGAUUUUGAAUUAUAUUGUAGCCACUUGGAGAUACUUUGUCUUCAGGAAAGGUGUAACGAUUAAUAUCAAUGAUGUUUCAGAUACUCCUGAACCUUUCAUUGGUGAUAGUUCCCUCAUGAUCAAACCUGUUAAGAUAGCUAGCACCAGACCCUCCAUUGUUAUUCAAGAUGAAAACAAGAUAUCCAGACAAUUAAGAAAAUUAGUGAGUUUGAUGUUCCCUUUGGAUACAAGUUCAGCUAACAAUCCUGAUCCUGAAUCUUAUAAGAGUGAUCCCAAUGACAGCGAUAUACAAAAUUACGUCUCCAUAGAUGAUGUAGAUAUCAAGCAAUUCUCAUCAAAUCAAAAAUCCUUAAACUAUUUGAUUCGUUUUGUGCCUAUUAGAGGUAAGUUCGAUGUGGCAAAAGCAAAACAACUUAACAUUAAACCGGGUGAAUUGUACAGGGAAUUAACUCAGGGUAAUCCUGUAAUGAAUGAAGAUAAUGAAAUGGUCUAUCCUCAUCAAGUUUUAGGAGAAGAUCAACAUUUCAAGAAGGUUUUGAUCUUGGAUAUCCCCAACAAUGAUUAUUUGGAUAAUACUAUCCAACAAAAUUGGAUUCCGGAAGAUUUUGGUGAUGAAGAGAUUGGUUUAGUUUACCACUUGUUAGGUGAUGAUAUAGAUUUCACCCUGGAAAAGUACACAAAUUUCAUUGAAACUUUCCCUUCCGAUUGUAAGCAUGUGAUCAACCAUAAGUCUUUAGCUGAUGACUGCAUUUCCUUCAAAACUUUCUCAGUACAUCUAUUGAAAUUGAGAUCUUUGCAACUGAGUCAUUUCAAUUUACCUUAUAGCGAAUCUUAUAAACCAUUACCCCCAAAUGACCAUAAUAUCGUUAAAUUGCAUCAACUCCAAAAUAUUGAGAUCACUCCCAAAGAUAUGAAAAUAGAUGAGUCACAGAUCUUUAACAAGUCUUGGUCUCAAAUUUAUGAUGAAAAUAUUGAACCUUUGAAUUUAAAAGGUGUUCAAAAGGAUAAAGUGAUAGAUCCUAAACCUUUAAGCAUCGGAUUAGUUCACAGUGAGUUGAAGGAUAAUGUCCAAAUAACCACCUUGGGAACAGGUUCUUCAUUACCAGCUAUUGAUAGAAAUGUUAUAUCAAAUUUGGUUCGUAUACCCAUUGAAAUAGAUGGAGAAAUUACUUUCAAAUCUGCAAUCUUCGAUGGAGGUGAGAAUACUUUUGGGGGAUUGUUGAGAACUUUCGGUUAUGAUGGACAAUGGGAAAAGAUUUUGAAAGAAUUGGGAUUGAUUUUUUUGAGUCAUUUACAUGCUGAUCAUCAUUUGGGUAUAAUAUCGAUUGUUAAUGAAUGGUUUAAAGUCAACACAAAUGGAGAAAUUUUGCAUUUGGUUUUACCUUGGCAAUAUAGUCAUUUCUUGAAUGAAUGGUACAAAUUAGAAGCCAUUGAUGUUGAUCUCUCAAGAAUCAAUUUUGUCAGCUGUGAAGAUUUCUUGAGGAAUAGAACAUCUCAAUAUAAGAAGUUUUCCAUGGACAGUUUCGAAGAGAAAUUUGAUAAUGGUUUAAGAAAUACUUCAUUGGAAAAAAGACCUUUGGAGCCUAUUAAUAUGGAUAAUAUUAAUAGAUUGUAUGAAGACUUGAAUAUUGUGAGAUUUGACACCUGUAGAGCUAUUCAUUGUUUUUGGUCAUAUUCAGUUUCAGUGACUUUCCAGUUGAACGAUAGUGAAACUUUCAAAGUUUCUUAUUCCGGGGACACUAGACCUAACCCCAAGUUUAUUGAUAUAGGGUAUAAUAGUGAUGUUUUGAUUCAUGAAUCAUCGUUGAACAAUGAAUUGAUAGAGGAAGCUUUAGCCAAAAAACAUUCCACAAUGAUUGAAGCCAUCAAUGUUUCAAGAUACAUGAACUGCCCUAGAUUGAUUUUGACUCAUUUCAGUACAAGAUUCAGUAGUCAGGCAAAUUUCAUUGAAGGUGAAGAGCAUUUCACCCGAUUAUCCAAUGAACUCAAGGAUUAUUUGAAGGAAUAUAAUUCGAGAACCAAUAUUUAUACCUUAGAAGAAAAAUUACAAAGACCAAUAAAGCAAUUUAAUGAAUUAGACAUUGCAUUCGCCUUCGAUUCUUACAUUACCAGACUUAACGAAGUAGGAGAUCAGAAAAAUGUUCUCGAUCUCUUGAACGAGUUGUUCGAACCUGAUGAUGAGAAAGAAAAUUUGAAGGAAAUGAAAAGAAUCGAAAUCAAAAGGCAAGAUAAGAGGAAUAAACGGUUAGAAUUACAGAAGAAACGCAAACAUGAAAAUAAUGAUUCUUAA